GCAAGAACCUCGUUUCCUGUGUAGAUUGUCCACCUGGGCACUACAGUAGCAAUGGUGCCUGUCCUGUUGUCCCUGCCUCUCCUUCUGGGUCCUGCAGUCCUUCAGGAGACUGGGUCUUAUUCUCUGAUCUUCCUCUACACCGGGUUGUCCAGGCCCAGCAAAGGCCUCCCGAGGUUUCAAGCCACCGCAUUUCUCAAUGAUCAGGCCUUCUUCCACUACAACAGCAACAGUGGGAAGGCAGAGCCCGUGGAACCCUGGAGCCAUGUGGAAGGAAUGGAGGACUGGGAGAAGGAGAGCCAGCUUCAGAGAGCCAGGGAGGAGAUCUUCCUCGUGACCCUGAAAGACAUCAUGGACUAUUACGAGGACAGUACAGGGUCUCACACCUUUCAGGGAAUGUUUGGUUGUGAGAUCACAAAUAACAGAAGUAGUGGAGCAGUCUGGAGGUAUGCCUACGAUGGAGAAGAUUUCAUCGAAUUCAACAAGGAAAUCCCAGCCUGGAUCCCCUUAGACCCAGCAGCCGCAAACACCAAGCUGAAGUGGGAGGCAGAAAAGGUCUAUGUGCAGCGAGCCAAGGCAUACCUAGAGGAGGAGUGUCCUACAAUGCUGAAGAAGUACCUGAACUACAGUAGAUCUCACCUGGACCGAACAGAUCCUCCCACUGUGAAAAUCACCAGCCAUGUGGCCCCAGGAAGAAACAGAAUAUUCAGAUGUCUGGCCUAUGACUUCUACCCACAAAGAAUUAGUCUGCACUGGAACCAGGCCAGCAAGAAGCUGGCAUCUGAACCGGAAAGAGAUGUUUUUCCCAAUGGAAAUGGCACUUACCUCUCCUGGGUGGAGGUGGAAAUCCCCCCACAGAACAGAGACCCCUUUGUCUGCCACAUAGAACACAAGGGGCUAUCCCAAUCUCUCUCGGUGCAGUGGGAUGAGAAAAGUAAAGUCUGAAAACAGUGCUGUAUCUCAGCCUCAGAAAAGUUACCCUCUCUGCCGGACACGAGAGAGUUGAACUUCAGAAGUCAAUGUCACCAGCAAGCCAGCAAGACUCCAAGGAACGGGUGUGGGCCCAGAAGAUUUGAAUACCAAGCACCGAGUUCACUCUCAAAGUCAAAUCAAUCGCCUUGCCUUGUAAAACUCCUCCUCAAUUAAUCUGUAAGCCCUUGCAAUUACCUUCACGCCCAGCACAGCACAGAAAGGCAUUUUAAAUCUGAGAUGCUACAGAAAUGUGAGUUGAUUUUAUCAUGUAUCCUGCCCCGACAUACUUGAUUCAUGGGAAUGUCUCCAUAUUCAAUCAAA